CUCCUUCCCCUCAUCCUCCCUCCCUUCGCUCUCUCUUUUAUUUCUCCUUUUCUUUAUUUCUUUCUCUUUUCCCUGUUUGUUAUUGCUUGAGGCGCCUCGGCGCAUCAGCCGUCUGAUCACACUCCGCUUCCCUGUUGGUCAAGAACCUUGAUCUCAUCACACAAGGGUCGUCCUUUCUCAGCGCAUUCCAGCCUCUGAACAUACUCUUCCUGCCCCCGUUCCCUACCCCCACAGCCACUUUGUCUGGUUUGUGUCCUCUUUCCUUACCCGUUCCUCUUUUCUCUUUGCUCUCACAAUGGGCCUGUGUAUCUCUUCGGGGCCUGUCGAUGUGACCGAGGAGGACAAGCGGCGGCAUCGAGAAGCUGAGAAAGCGUUAAAAGAUGCCAAAACAAAGAUGAAUGCUCAAGUGAAGGUCCUCCUCCUAGGAUCAGGCGAUUCUGGAAAGUCCACGAUCUUAAAGCAAAUGCGCCUCAUCCAUCGCAUUCCGUUCUCCAAGCAAGAGGUCGAGUCGUAUCGGCAGCUUGUAUUUAACAAUUUGACACAUGGUUUGAAGUAUCUCCUGGACGCGAUGGAGGAUAUGGGCCUUGAAGUCACUUCCGAGAACGUGGAGCAUAUCGAGAAAGUGGAGAAUGCGGUCGACCUCCGUGACGGCGAGCCAUUUCCAGAAAGCUACCUCGACCCGUUGAAGUUGCUGUGGGCCGACGAAAGUGUACAGAAAGCAUGGGAGCGAGGAAAUGAAGCGGCCUUGCCAGAGAAUCUUUUGUAUUUCUUCUCCGACUUAGAUCGACUGUUUGCUCUGGAUUACGUUCCCACGGAACAGGACAUUGUUCGAUGCCGGGCUCGGACGAUCGGUAUCACUGAGACGGUCUUCCAGCUGAAGGAUCAUGAAAUGCUCAUGGUCGAUGUGGGUGGGCAGAAGAGCGAGCGGAGAAAGUGGAUCCAUUGUUUCCAGGAUGUCACAAGCAUACUGUUCUUGGUCAGCCUGAGUGGUUAUGAUCAGUGCUUGGUGGAAGACAAGGACGCAAACCAAAUGCAAGACGCCAUGACAAUAUGGGACUCAAUAUGUCAUUCACAAUGGUUCAAGUCGACUUCAAUCAUCCUUUUCUUGAACAAGAACGACCUCUUUGAGGCGAAGGUUCAGCAUUCUGACAUCAAGAGCUUUUUCCCUGACUAUGAUGGUGAAGCGGCUGAUGCUCGGGCGGGUCGAGAUUACUUCAAGAAGCGGUUCGCAAGACUGGCUCAGAAGGCCGGUCGCUCCAAAGAGCGGGAAAUCUACAUCCAUAUAACAACUGCAACGGAUACAGCCCUAUUGCGUGUAGUCAUGGCAGCUGUCGAAGCAUCGUUCUUCGACAAAAUCUUGAAGUAGCCGCGUUAAUCUGACUGUUCCUUUUGUUUCAUUUUCUAUGCUUCAUUUGCAUAUUUGCAUAUAAUCUUUCUCUCGGCCGCCUCGUGGAUUUGUUCCAUGGCUGCCAUUAUUUCAACGCACGUCAACGUGGCCUUCUGUAUCCACUCAACCUUGUCCAUAUGCCUAUCUUUAUCUGGACAUGUUGUUUUCUAACCUCAACUGUUAUCUAUCAACUGUGCUUGUUCUAUGUUCUGAUCAUUGCAUUAUCUUUU